UGAUGUCAAUGGCCGCCCAUGUUGGCGCAUUGGACAGCCAGGCGAGCCUCAUCCCCGACUGCGCACACCCUCCCUACACCGUCCACCUCUUGUCUCGCGAACCGCUCGUGAUCUACAUUGCCGACUUCCUUACCCCUUCUGAGCGUGAGCACCUCCUACAAACAAGGUAGGUGAAGUACUUCACAUGUUUUCAGACUUCCUAUUCCCAAGCUUACCUUUCGAUUGCAGCGCCUCAGCCUUCAUCGACUCCCAAACAGCCGACCAAGACGGUACCCAAACUCUUCGCAGCACUCGACGCUCUAAGUCUGCUACUGCCUCCCGCGACGCUGUAACACGAUGCAUUGAAGAACGCGCUCUGCUCUUUCAAGGGUAUGACAUACCUCACUCACACCUUGAACCACUGCAAUUAGUGCGAUAUCAUGCCAACGAAACUUAUGAUCUUCACACGGACUGGUUCACGUCGCCAGCCCAGACGACCCGGUUGCACGGCGGAAACCGUCUGACUUCGUUCUUUGCAUAUGUGAAAGCAAGUGCAGACAUAUCGGGUGGCGGCACGACAUUUCCACUUCUAGACGCUCCAAAGGACGAACGUUGGUGUGAAUAUAUCGAUUGUGACACGCCAUUUGAUGAAGGUGUUACAUUUCUUCCCAUCCCCGGCAAUGCGGUGUUUUGGGUGAAUCUGGUUGGUGGCAGGGGUGACCAGAGGGUCAUACACUCGGGGAGCGUUGUGACUACUGGGGAGAAGGUUGGCUUGAACAUUUGGACACGAGAGGGGCCGUUGAGUCCCAAACUCAGAGGAGAGGUUAGUGACGGGCAGCUUGAUGAAGAUGAGGAAGCAUAAAGGGAUACUGCACGCCGGUGUGAGGUGAUGCCUCACGUCAUUAACUUAGCCGCCCGGCUUCAUAUAGAGGCGGCGUUCCUGCUGUCUCUACCCACAUAAGUGAGUUUGCCAGAAAGGCCUGAGUAAAUCAAGUCUUUCCUUUUCGUCUGGUAGGAGGAUAAGAAUUAGGAGAUGUAUACCUCCGCCAAACGCGUAGCAAAGCGUUGAU